CCAGGAGCAGAUUCACAAGUCUGUUUGUGCGAGGACUGUUUUGUCGAGGUUGUACAAGGGACGGUCGAAGGAUGCGGUCGCGCUGCUAGCCUCCGGCGUACAAAUGAAACACGGCUGGGUUGAGAAGACCGCUGUAGAACAACCGGAUUCGAGAUCCUCUCCGACUCUGAAGUCAUGGUGCGAAGCACACAGCACUUAGGAUAACCACAGGGAGGCGAGCCAAGAUGCAGCACACCACAUGCACGGAGGAUCGCAUCCAGCACGCUCUGGACAGGUGCCUGGAUGGACUGAGUCCAGGCUACGCUCUCACGCAGUCCUGGAACGGGCUUUGCAUGAACCGCUGGAGUCUGGAGGAGCUGGUGAGGCGAUACCCUGACAACUUUCUCAUCCUCCUCCAGCAGAUUCUCAGGAAGGCCAGAGAGGUCCAGGAGCUGUGUCAGUAUGAGCUGGUGGCGCCGCUGGCCAUCAUGUUUUCCUCGACUCUCCUGCAGACACCACACAUCCCUCCAGACAGCCAGCUGCUGCCGGAGGCCUAUGAGGUGUUCCACCGCUUCCUGACGUGGCCAGAACCGUACAGCGGCGUGUGCCGGGAGCUGCUUUCUGUCCUCAGGCUGGAGCUCAAAGCGCCAGGGAUCUCCUACCAGAGGCUGGUGAGGGAGGAGCAAGGCCUGAUCACGUCCAAGCAGCGGUCGAAAACUAUGACGGUGCUGCUGAUGAACCCCGUGGAUGUGCCGACCGAGUUCCUGUCCAUGUCGGAGCAGCUCAGCCACAUGCAGCAGUCCCAAGAAGAGGCCUACGUGACCCUCAUCAGGCACGCGUACCAGGCCACGCUCGGUGCAAAGUACUCCCUCCACGGCAUGCAGAAGGCCCUGCAGUCCAAAAGUGUGGAAGAGUUGGAGAAGAUCUUCUCCAGUGUGACCGAGCUCUUGGAGACUUCUGCUUCCAUGGAGGACUCCAGUAAAGCCAGGGUCUACCUGCAGCAGGGUCUGGAGGCCCUGAAGGAUAGAGUCGGCAUCCAGGUUUCGAAUGGCAGGAGGUCCGAGGGCCUGCUGCAGACACUUCCAUUGCCCAUAGCCAAAAGUUACAUGUACAAGUGGGAUAAGGACAAUUUCGACAUUUUGAACAACAUCCUGAAUGUUGAGCAAGAACUGGCGACUCGGAUUCCUUGUGGAGAUCAGGAGGAGGAGGAGGAUGAGGAGGAAGAACAGGAGGAGCAGGACGAGGAGCAAGAGGAUCUGGAAGAAGAAGAUGACCUGGAAGAAGCGGAGGCUGUGGUCAACGGCUGCAUGGACCACAGGGCGUCGACCAUUUCCACCUUCUCCACAGUUUCUAAAGACUCCAUGUUUUCCACCAUCUCCAUCAUCUCCAACUGCUCCAUGCCCUCGGUAAUGUCGGUGGCCUCAGGGACAGACAGCGACUUUUGCGAGGACCCAGAGGACAGCCCCCCCGAGAGGAGCAGCAAGUCGAAAGCGCGGCUUAGCAAGCGCUUCUCCAUGCUCUUCAAGUCCAGGAGCAGCCACUCCCUGAAUCGUGCCAAAAGCCUGGGCAGCCCCGAGACCAAAGACUUUGUGGCGGUGCGGUCCCAGCGCUCCAAUUCGCUGCCCCAGCAAGCCAAGCUCCUCCUCCCGGAGCAGCAACAGCAGCGACAGAGCCCCAAGCCCGUGUGCUUUCGGAGGAGGCCCAUUCUGAGCUGCGACGACGACGGCAAGGCCACCACCCUUCGGGUGGUGGUGUUUGGGGCUGACCAUGCUGCCGGGAAGGUGGCUCGAGCUUACAGCAACCUUCGGCUGCAGGAGAGCGCCUGCCCCCUGCUCACCAGGGUGUUCAACCUGCAGUUCUUCUUCAUCCCUGUUAGGAGGAGCUCUAGUAACUCCAUUGCAGGCUGCCCUAGCCCCGGCAAGCUGUCCGAGAGCCCGCUUCGAGGGAACUCCUACACUGAGCUGAGCUUACCCACCAUUGAGGACAGCACCAAUGACAUUGCGCGCUUCAUCGGCAUGCUGGACCCCUGGUACGAGCGCAACAUGCUCAGCCUGCUCAGGCUGCCCGUGGACGUCUUGUGCCAGCAAACCACGAAAGCAGAAAGUGACUCCGGCAGCUCUGGCGAGCGUCCGUCCAUCCUCGCUGACCUGGUCCUCUACUACUGUCGCAACGCAGGGCGGCCCGUUCUAGUGCAACUCUACCAGGCUGAGCUGACCCUGGCUGGAGGGGAGAAGAGGACAGAGGUGUUCAUCCACUCCCUGGAGUUGGGUCACGCAGCUGGAACGCGUGCCGUCAAGGCCUUGGGGGCCGCCAGCAAGAGGUUCGGCAUUGAUGGAGAUCGGGAGGCUGUUCCAUUAUCCUUGGAAGUGGUUUACAACAAGGUGGGCGUGAGCGGCCGAAGCCAGUGGCUCCGAACGGACAAAGUGUGCACCUCCAUCAGCCUGACCAAAGCGUGCAGGAGACAAGAGGAGCUAGAUUCAAAAAUGGAGCGUCUGCAGCUGACGAUGACGGAAGUCUUGAAGAGACAGAACUCAAAAUCCAAGAAGGGCUACAAUCAGCAACUCUCCACCACGGAAGUGAAGGUGGACAAGGUCCAGGUGUUUGGCUCCAGCAGCACCACCUUCCCCGUGUGUCUGGACCAGGAUGAGAAGAAAAUCUUCCAGAGUGUCACCAGGUGCGAUGUGUCUGUGUGCUACAAGCCCGACGGCACAGCGGACCGGAGGCUGCGCAGGGUUCUGCCGAGCCACACCCCGCCCCCCAACCCCACCUUUUGCUCGCUCCUCUGCCUACCGGUCGCCACAUUCGGAGGGGCUCAGCCGUGACGCCCCGGGACGUUCGGCCUGAGAGGGGCGCUAGAGAGCGCCGCAGUUUGCCGAGGCCUGUGCCACUGCAAUGCAAAAAAGAAAAAUGUACAUACGUGUAAAUCCAAAACCUACCACUUGAUUCGUGUAUUAAUUUAGAAAACUGAAAAGAGACAAUAACUGAAGAGGGGGGAAUAACCUUUCUGGAGCAUUUGAAUUAAAUCUGCCGGAAGACUUUUGGCACUGAUUUGUUUGUACAUUAUAUUCAGUUCUUGUGGACAUCAAUCAUGUUGAUUCUAAGGGUGUAAUUUGAGAUUUUUCAUAUUUAUCUUCUCCGUAUGAGAGUUUAUAGUGCCACUGAUGGCGGGUAAAACGUGCAAUAACUUUAAAACGUCUUUUUGAAUCUGACACAAAUACCUUUAAAGCCACUUCUCUUUGACUCCUGCACAAAUUGUUAUAAAUACAGAUGACAGUAAGCAUCACUGUAAGACAUAAAGGGUGCAAAAAGUGUGUGUGUGUGCGUGUGCGUGCGUGUGCGAGGGUGUGCGAGCGUACAUAUAUGUGCAUUCACUCACAUUUGAGAUUUUUUUACCAUUAAUUGCAUAAGUCAAUAUCUUUGUACAUAAAGUAAUUUAUUGUGAUUUUUCACUUCGCGUCGUUUGCAACGCAUAUUAACAAAAUGAUUGUUGACCGCCUUGUGUGGUUUAAAACUAAACAUCUGCGCAGAUGUUCUGAAAGAGAUGAAAUGGCGCAUAAAGUCCAGACUGAUGAGAGGAAUAGAGGCUGCACAAGACGAUUUCACGCUGGUGCUGCGUUGUCUGUCCACAAACUCAUAGUGCUGGUUUCAUCAAAUCAAACCAGCCAGUGGGAAGACAAGCAAAUGCGGUACAUACACGGUACAGUCGCAAGCAGGAAUGUUCAAUAUACUUUUGUGCUUUUUAAACAAUGUGUGUUGAAUCUUUAUACAUCUGAUUCUGAUCUCCUUCUCACCAAGGUCAAAUGUGCUCCAUCUGACUGAAGUUCAAUAAUAUGAUGACAACCAUUAUGUCAAAAUGUAUAUACAGUACUCUGUCUUAUGCACUAAUAAAAAAAAAUUGCCUUGAAAA